AAACAAUAGCAGCCCCGUGAUCUCGCUUUUCCUGUUCCUGUGGCCCAGGCUGCAGACAGAGUGUGAACACUGGGCCCUGCCUCUGGGGCCUGGCCUGGUGAACCCACCCACUUCCUGCUUCUCCACCUCACAGCAGGCCUGCUCCUCCCGGAGGCUCCCUGAGCCCCGCUUCCACCACACCUGCUGAACCAUGCAAGCAGUGUUCUCCUACUGUUCCUAUGCCCGAGAUGCUCUCUUCUCCUGGGUCCAGACAGGGCCCCCGGGACCCUGCGAUAAGUCGGCUCCAGAAGGAGAAACCGAGAACUCGCAGGAGCACAGGGUGGAGAAAGAAGAAUUCAAGCUGAUUGACCACAACUGUCCCACAGGAGCGCUGUCCCAGAAUCCUGAACAAGACGUGUCAGGAGAUCUGAGAGAGAAGAAGCAGACCCCACAGAGGCUGAGGCUCAUGCUGGUGGGGAAAACCGGAAGUGGGAAAAGCGCAAUAGGAAACAGCAUCCUUGGCCGGGAUGCAUUUGAGUCUAAGCUCAGCAGUCGACCCCUGACCCAGACCUUCCAGAGGGGGAGCCGAGAGUGGGCCGAGAAGGAAAUCGAGGUGAUCGACACCCCUGAUUUCUUGUCCCCUUCAUUGUCCCAGGAAGUGGCAACUCGGGGCUCCUGUGAAGCCAUCUCCUUCUCCUCUCCAGGGCCACACGCGGUGCUCCUGGUGACACAGCUGGGCCGGUACACAAAAGAGGACCAGGAGGUGGUCAGGCGCCUCCAGGAGGUCUUUGGAGUGGGCAUCCUGGCCUACACCAUCCUGGUGUUCACCCGGAAGGAAGACCUGGAUGGUGGCUCCCUGGACGAGUAUGUGAAAGAGACGGACAACCGGGAGCUGGCCAAGCUGGACGUGUUGUGUGAGCGGCGCCACUGUGGCUUCAACAACAGGGCACAGGGGGCGGAGCAGGAGGCCCAGCUGGAGGAGCUCAUGAUGAAAAUUGAGGCCGUGCUGUGGGAAAACGAAGGCCGGCGUUACAGCAACAGGGCUUACCAGUGUGCCCAGCAAAGCCCGCUGAGCACAGAAGUGCAGGGGAGGCCGAUAUUCCAGGGGCGAGCCUCUGAGGAAGGGCCCAGUGGGGAGGACGGGCUGGAGGACCUGCGCAGGGUCCAGAAGGAAUCUGAGGAGGCUCACAAGCGUCUCCUGAAGGGGGCGCUCAUCUGAGCGAAUGCUCGCUCCAGAGAGGAGCAUUGCUUCCUGAGAGCCUCCCUCAGCCCUGUGUCCAGCUUCCAGCCUGUCACUUGUCCUCUCCAUUUCAUGAUCGCUGACCAUGCCAGGCUCCAGGUCGGUGUCUGGAGUGCUGAGGGUGUGAGUUCGAGAGUUUCCAGCUCCCAUCAGGUCCUCAAAACCUAUCAUUCCGUAGAAAUUCUAAAGGAGUUGUUUUUAAUUACAUCAGACUUGGUGUUUUCUCUCCUUCAUUACUAAAGUCAGGAAAGAUGUCCCCAUGACCUUUCAGGAGGAGCGACAGGCACUGUCCACUGUGGUCACUCCCUUGAGCUCAGAGAGCUGGGAAGGCAGGUGUGGGCAGGGCUGGAAGCUCCAGGGCCUGUGGAAAGGAAGGAAGACGUCGUGUGGGCGGGGGCAUGUAUGGGGGAGGGUUGUCUUGGCCCAGGCUGUGAAAAUAGUGAACUUUACAAUUUGUCAUUUUCCAUAAUGAUCUCAACACUGGAGGAAAGCGUGAACAACGGGCAUUGUGCAGUUUGAAGAGCCCAGUGAGGACAGGCCCUUUCCUCCCUGGGAUCAGGUCAGUUGAGGAAGGUCACACAGGAGGUUCCCAGCUCCCAAUUCUCCUGCAAUAACACGGAUGAACUGUGCAGAUAAUAGAGAACAACAACUGUGAAGCCACUGUUUGAAGGCCCUGGGAAGUGACCAAAGACAGACACCUGGGGACUCGAUCCUUAGUCAAUUCCUGUGGUCACGAUAAGGGACCACACUGCUGCCACGUUUGUGUGGUUUUCCCCUGAGAGCACUUCCUGCCCUGGGGACACAGGAAUAGCCUCAGCAGGAAUUCCCAGCAUCCAGAGAGAGGGUGCGUGGAGUCCUGGGGAGGCAGGAGCAGGUAGAAAUGGAUGGGGAACGCCCCCAAAAAACAGAACCUUAGAGGGGUUGGGGCUAUAGAAAGUGUGCAUGUAAACGCAGCUCCAAUCUUUGGCUGAGCCAGGAUUUGAACAUUCCAAUGUCCAGGAGAAAACUGUCUGGAGGGCAGGAAGAGGAAGUCAGCAAAGCAUAGCAGCAUGGACAGAACUGGAGACCCCAGUCCACCACCUAUUUCACUGAAAUCCCAGAGGCUCCCUGUAGGAGUGAAAAGAACCCGAGGUAAGGGAUUUGCCUGGAGCAAGAACAGAAUUGGAGCAACCCUGGCUAAUGACACCUAAAUCCAGCCUUCCCAAUGUCAAUGGGACGUGCCUGUAGAUAAAGUUCCAGCUUAAGUGACUAAACAACUCAGUGUCCUUCAGAAGAUAAUGACAUCCAGAGUCUCUACCAGCUUAUCACCCACAAGACCCUUUAAACUAUUGAAAAUUCUUCUUUCUACCAUAUGGCUAGAAAGCUAUAAAAUUUCCCUCUAUGCAUAUUUAUGUCCAUCUUACAAAGUUUUGUAUAUUCCACUUUCACUAUCAUUAAGGCUGAAACAUUUUAUGUAAUCUUUGUGAUGUCUGUUUUCACUCAUGGAUUAUUUAGAAGUAUGGCCUUAAUUUCCAAAUAUUUGAGUGUCUUCUAGGAAUUGCAGAAUCCAAUAUGGUAGCCCCCAGCCACUAAAGGCUAUGAAGCACUUGAAAUGUAGCUGGUGUUUUCUAGAAACAGAUCCUUGUAUUUUAUCUACCUGUAACUAACUUUAACGUAAAUGUUACAACUGGAGGGGUAUCAAAUACUUCACCAGGAAACACAGCUUUGUCCUUUCAAUAGAAAUACAUGUGAGCUGAGUGCUGCACCGUGUGUUACUGCCCCAUGGCCAGGAGCCAUUCCCAGUUCAAACAGGGGCACAUCACUGAUCUAGUCAAUAGCAAUAGACUGGCUCUGUUUGAAUAGUCCUGUUACUGUUAUUUGAAUACUUUCUGGAAACAGCAUGAAUUACAGUGACACUUAUCUACACUGGCAUUGGUGAUUCAAUUGAAAGUCUGAUUAUUCUGCCCUGGCCAUAUUGGCUAAACAAUUAGAACGUUGGCCCAUGGACCAGAGAGUCCCAGGUUCGGUUCCUGCUAAGGCAUGUACCUCGGUUG